AUGCCUAAACAGCCGCAGAUAGCUCUUCUUCUGGUGAAGAAUGGGCUAGAAAAUGUGCCCCAAACAAAUGCUGGAGAAUCACCCCAUCUGCUAAUAUACCAUGGCUCGUAUAUGCAAGACUCGCGGUCGAAACACAACAACAACAACAACAACAACAACAACAACAACAACAGCAACACCACCAACAACAACAACCAAUCUUUUCCCCUCUCCCCCGCCCCAGCUUAUAGGUUGUUAGGGUAAGUCCACUCACUCUAGCUGCCUGGAGUAUUCGUCCCCUUUUAGACAAUCCGAGGAGCAAUCGACCGGAACGGAGGAUGCGAUAGUCGUUCCAGAACUGGCGCGCCACAAGGUGGACACCUCUACUCUCAUUGAGACCCGAUCAUCAGAACAGGGUCAGAUUGACAGGAAUGUUGGCUACACCUUCUUCUGGAGCCGCUCACCUUAA